CCUCACCACAGAAUGGAGCGGCAGGUGGACGAAACCCAAAUACUUGAUUUGGUAUAAAAACAAAUCGCAAUCAAUCGGAAGCUAUCAGUUACCCGCUUUCAAGUCAAGUCCAACACAACACAAAACAAAUCUCAAUCAAAAUGUUCGCCAAAUUGUUCUUCGUCGCCACCCUGGCCAUCGCUAGCGUUGCCGCCAAGCCCGGAUUCGUGGGUGCCCCAGUUGCCUACUCGGCCCCGUUGGUGGCCGCCCCAGCUGCUGCUGUUGCCCCAGCCGUGGCCUACACCGCUGGAUACGCUAACGUGGGAGAUUCCGCCGUUGUCACCUCGCACAACUCGCAGGUUAUCAAUCCAGCCUAUGCCGCCUACACUGCCGCCGCUCCACUGGCCUAUGCCGCUGCUGCUGCUCCGGCUUUCGCUCCCUAUGCCGCUCCUUAUGCUGCUCCCUAUGCUGCCCCCUAUGCCGCGCCGUUUGCCGCCCCUUAUGCUGCCCCUUAUGCUGCCCCAUACGCUGCGCCUCUGGCCUACACCGCUCCUCUGGCGGCCAAGUAUGUUCUGUAAAGUGGAGGAAUGUGCGGUACCUACCAACAACUAGCUAGGAAUGAAGAGUGAUUGAAUGAGUUGAUCUCAGUUUUGCAUAUGAUGCAGUGUUGAGUUUAAGUUCCCGUUUCGGUGAAACGAAGCUAAAAUUUUGCCCGUGAUGAAAAGUGUUGAUAUUUGAAGCAAUAUACAUUAUUUAUCUUGAACAAA